AAACAGUCGACAAAUACCGUCACUCAGCCGAUGCUCGUGAUUCAAACGUUUAGUUCAGAUUAUUUUAUUAAGUGCCGAAAUUAAGAUUAGUUAUGACGAUAAGUGCAUUGCUACAUUUUCCCGACGUGUGUCGGUUGUGUUUGCACCAUAAACCUGCGCCGGAAAUGGUUCCCCUCGCCAGUACCGUACCGGAACUCGACGCCCAGCUAUCGGAUCUGUUGGAGGAUUUCUGUCCCUCAUCAGCAAUGCAGGAGGUCACAUCCUUACUACCGUCUGCCAUGUGUGAACAUUGCCAGCACCAAUUGUUGGAGGCUUACAAAUUCAAGCAGAGAGUUAAAUCGCUUCAAGAUUUUCAAAUCGCAUUCCUAGAAGCGCGCCAAAACAACGAUCCGGAACAACUCAGGGAACUUUUCCGCCUCAAAUACGAUAGCUUGAAUUUACUGUUUCGUGAGCUAAAUCUCAUGGAUCAUGAAAGGGCUCUUCGCUGGGAAGAUUUGAUAUCCUGUCAAGAGGAAAAUGAAGAGGUAAUUGAGCCAGAAAAGACCGAGGAUCUCGAAAUAAUUGAUGACGAAGAUUCGGAGGACCGGAAUCCUCAGAUUCUUCAUGUUGAAUUAGUGGAUAACGUAAGUAGCGAUGAGGAUAUGUACAAUUCGGAGAAUAGCAUGCACGUUGAGGUAGAAUACUUGGAUGUUGAGCAAACGGAGGCUGACGAAGAAAAUCCUCCACCAGCGGAAGUGAAAGCCGAGCAAACCUUCAAUAACGAAGACAGUCAGCUUCUCUCCCAUUCCGAGGACUCGCUAGAGUAUCUAUCCUUCGAUCAGGAACAGCAAACCGAGUGGAAGUGUAACAUUGCUGAUUGCGAUCAGCGAUUUGAAGAGAAAGAAGCGUUGCUCCUGCAUAAGCAAGUUAUUCAUCAAUGCUGCGUUUGCACCAUUUGUGGAAGUGUGCUAAAGAAUAAGUACUCGCUGGAUAAUCACACCCGGAGACACAUGGGAAGACCGGAUUUUGCUUGCGAGUAUUGCCCUUCGACGUUCUACACGUCUCAAGAGCACAAGUUACACCUUAGCUUGGUCCAUAUUGCAACUAAAACAGCGAAAUGUGAUUUAUGCGGGUUGGAGUUCAAAAAUAAAACUUGUCUGAAGCGACACCUGAAGUCUCACUCGGAUGUGCGAACCUAUCAGUGCCCUUUCUGCGAAAAGGCCUUCAAAACCAAUAUGCAUCUGCACAGGCACAAGGAAACGAUUCAUAUGAAAAUCCGAUUCAAAUGUACUCACUGUGAUGCGUCGUAUGGGCGGAAAGACAAGCUUCGUAUGCACAUCGAACGGGCUCACAAUAUUCAAAUGUACUUCAUGUGCAACAUUUGUUUGAAAUCGUUCGCAACCGAGGAGCAGCGCCUGGAGCACAUGAGCCACCACGAAAAUCCCAAACCAUUGGAAUGUGGCGUCUGCCUGACGGCCUUCCUCACUUCGAAGGACUUCAAAAAUCAUCUUUGCAUUUCCUACCGAAAGGAUUACGUGUGCUGCAAGCGGGAUUUCAAAUUCCACACGUUCUAUAACAAGCACAUGUUUCUGGUGCAUGGCCAGAAGACCAAUGCUCGUGUGAAGCCGGCGAGCAACCAGUUGAUAGCUAACAUGCGUGCGGAACGGAGACAAGACGAACGUUGUGCCAAGUGCGAAAAAACCUUCAGAACCAGGAAGCAGAAGAAUGCCCACAAGGAAUUUUGUCGAGGUAAGUUGAACAAGGAUUCAACUGUAGAAUUCAUUCUGCCAAACUCCUUAAAUGAAUAAAUGUCUCCGAAAGGGACGCAAACAUGCAUUAGGAUUCAA